UCCAUGUCCAAGCGCGGUGGCUUAUUAUCCAGAUUAUGGUGGAGCAGACCCGGCCGAAGACGCAUGCUUGGGGGGAAAUGGGGCUAAGCGAUUCUCCAAUUUGGAGAAAAUCUGUGGAGGGGAUGGUGUUUAGGUAUGGGCAUAUCUGGGGUAUGGAGGCGUACAGCUGACCCCAGAUGGACCCGAAAACGACAUAUGGGGUAAGGAAGAUUGGACUCUGGCAGUCUGAUAGUAUUUGAAGGGGAUGGCUCGAUCGAACAUGGCAGAACAAGACUUUCAAAAGCCUUCACGACCAUCCAUCUUCGCUGCAGACAGACAACAUCUAAUUAUUCGAUCAUGGAUUCCUCAGUUACUCAUUUCGAUCCAAACAUUCUCGGACAUUUGGAUGGCCAUGCGGCCUACUCCUUCCUUCUGAUUGCCGUUCUCCUCGUCUUCGCCGUCAAGUGGUCCAACAAGACAGACAUACCCAAAAUUGAAGGUCUUCCAGAACUUCCCGGCGUCCCUCUGUUUGGGAGUCUCUUGCUCCUAGGCAGACACCACGCAAGGAACUGUGCACGACUGUCGAAAAAAUAUGGGGACGUAUUCCAGGCGCGCCUGGGUAACAGGAGAUUCAUCUAUGCCAACUCGUUCGAGUCAGUCAAGGAGCUGUGGAUCCAGAACCAGUCGGCGCUCAUCUCACGGCCCAAAUUCUGGACAUUCCAUGACGUCGUGUCCGAGACCCAAGGCGUCUACACCCUCGGCACAUCCCCAUGGAACGAGUCGGUCAAGCGAGCGAGAAAGGCAGCAGCCACGGCUCUCAACCGCCAGGCAGUGCAGACGUACCUCCCAUUUAUCGAUUUGGAAUCUACCGCCAGUAUCAACGAGCUGCUGCAAAACCUCCGGCAUGAAGCCAACAUCGAUCCCAACGGGUACUUCCAGCGGUUUUCGCUCAAUAUUAGUCUUACCCUGAACUAUGGCAUCCGGCUGGACGGCACGGUUCGCGAUCAUACCCUGAACGAGGUUGUGACUGUGGAGCGACAAUUGGGAAACAUCCGCGGCAUUGCCAACAACUGGCAGGACUACGUGCCGCUGAUGCGACUGUGGCCCGGGUUCAAGAAAAACGCCAUCAAGGUCCGUGGCCGCCGAGACGAGUAUAUUCUCUCAUUCUUGCAUCAGCUUAAGGAACGCAUCGCCAACGGCACCGACAACCCCUGCAUUGCUGGUAACGUCUUGAAAGAUCCGGAUGCGAAGCUUAGCGACAACGAGCUCAAAUCAAUUUGCCUAACCAUGGUCGCGGCGGGACUGGAUACGCUGCCUGGCAACAUCAACAUGACGAUCGCAUAUCUCUCUUCGGACCACGGCCAGGAGAUCCAGGCCCGCCUCUAUGAGGAGGUUAUCAAGUCCUACCCCAAUGAGGACCCCUGGCACGCCUGCUUGGUCGAGGAGAAGUCUGAGUACAUGAAGUCAUUCAUCAAGGAAGUUCUACGCUUCUGGUCAACCCUGAACUUGUCUUUCAACCGUGAGAGCGUCAAGCCUGUUCAGUACAAGGGUGCCACUAUCCCUCCUGGGACUCCCUUCUUGAUGAACAUGUGGGCCGCCAACCACGACGCUACACACUUCAAGAGUCCCAUGGAAUUUGUCCCGGACCGCUUCAUGGGGAUCGACGAGGUCGGUAGUGGCACGCAGCACUACGGUUACGGAGCCGGCGCGCGCAUGUGCGCCGGCGCCCAUCUCGCGAACCGUGAGCUAUAUGCCAUAUUCACCCGGCUGGUUCUUGCAUUCCACAUCCGCGAGACCACCGACGUGAAGAGUCGACCGAUUCUGGAUACCAUCGAAUGCAACUCGGUACCCACAAGCAUGGUGACCCAGCCAAAGCCGUUCAAGGUGCAGUUCGUGCCCCGGGACGAGAAGAAGCUGGAGGAGUGGAUCAGCAGCAGCCUUGAGAAGACGAGAUACUUGUGAAAGACGACUUGGG